AUGCAAGAAAUAGAUCCUCGGGCGCACAAAACUGUCAGCAUCGUGCGCAUGUCCUUCCAGCCCGCUCACAAGGACAAAAUAGAAGCUUCCGAGGAAUGGUUCACUGCAACGGAUAAGCUCAAGCAAGAGCCUGAUAUAGCCUUUGUCACCAAGGGACAGGCAAUCGACGACGAACUCAACAUCGCCCUUUUCAUCUCCUGGGACUAUGCUGCAAAACCAUCGGCCAGCUUCUUGUCGGGAAAUAUCCAUCACAUCUUUUCGCCCCUCGACAACUUCCUUGCAAAAAAGCCCCGCUUGAUGUGUAACCUCUAUUGCACUCAUCCAGGACAGUCCACUCAUUCAUUCACAACAAGCCGGUCGGGUUACGCAAACAUGAGAGAGAUGAUGAUGGUGCGCGGGCCAGUUAAUGUGAUCGAGGCAGCGAUGGUGAAGAUAAGCGAAGAGACCAGCAAUUAUUUGGACGCUUUGGGCGUUGGAACGGACUUUUACGAUCUAUACUUUUCUGAAAAAUCUCUUUGGGGCAUAGGUGCACUCUAUCGUGUGAGGAACGAAAAUGGCAAUGAAGAGUCAAGUGGCGAGGAGCACGCCGAUUGUGCUACCUUUGCCUUCUCCCUUCUAUGGUUCAGCCCCUCAAGGCGAGCCGAGUUCCAAGACCCCAACAUCCCUGAUAGCGCGAUACCGCCUGUCUUUCAAGAAUUCUUAUGGCAGCAACUGGUGGCAAGAAAAGUGAUCAAGCCGCUAGAGGAGGUUGGUGCCACCGUUUCAUCAUGGACUUAUCACAAGGGAGAAAUUGCCCGUGACCGGAAGGGAAAGGGAAGACUAGUUAUAAGCAAGUUUAAAAGCUGGCUAGAGUUUGGAUACAUGGACGAUGUCUCGCUUGCUGAGUUUGAGAGGCAAUUGGCAGAAAAGGACCACCAAAGCGAUUCGCACAGUUAG